CACGCAAACAGCCGCGAGACAACCUUGUGGCUCUUUUGAGAAUACUUAGAAAGAGUUUUAGAAACGCAAUGACCGACCUAACAGAAGAGCAAAUAUUGGAAUUUAAAGACGCCUUCAGUCUGUUUGAUAAUGUUGGCGAUGGAAAAGUUGACAAGAGUCAAGUACCAGGUUUAUUGAGGUCUGUAGGACUGAAUCCUUUAAAACAAGAUCUUGACAAAGUGAAGGAAAACCUAAAGUCGAUGAAGGAGAAGCGGGUCGCCUUUGAGGAAUUCCUGCCCAUUUAUGUAACGCUCGCCAAGAAGCAAGUUGGUAGUGAAGAAGAAUUUAUUGGAGCGCUCAAGAUGUUUGAUCGCGAUGGUAACGGGUACAUCAGUUCGGCAGAGCUUCGACGCAUGUUGACUGCACUGGGAGACAAACUCACUGAGGCUCAGGCCGAACAUAUCGUCGGGAUGUUCGAGACCAAGGGGAUGAUAGACUAUGAAAAGCUCGUGCAGGAAGUUUUGUCCAACUAGACUCGAACGACUUGAACAAACUACUGUGGGAAAAAAUUCUAAAGGUGUGCUACUCAUAUAAAUAGCCUGAUGUGACUAGACAAAGCAUGUUUACAAAAUGGUCCGAAAUAGAGAUUUUUCGAUGAGACCGCUACAAACAUUUCAUUUGUUGUUUUAUUUAUUUUCAAGUUUGAAGCUCCUUUGAUCGCAAGCACAUCAAAAUUUUUCGGGAAAUGAUUUGCUUUUCUGUGCAACCGAAGAAAGCGUUUAUUUAGAAACAAAGGAAUUUUGCGUUCACCUUGUAAACUUGAUUGCCUUUUGUCCAUUAUGGAAAUGUGGUAGAGAAUUGUAGUUUCCACUCGGGACGUAAGUGCAAAAUUUAGCAAAAUUUAAUCGUAGCCUGUUAUCUAAAUCAUUGAUAUUUUAUGCUCGGCCUAAAAUAAAGUAUUUCGGAUUUUUCGGUGGAAAUUGUUCAUUUCCUCUUCCUUUUCUUCAUUUGUUAUUCUGAACUUCACAUUAAUCAUUUUUUACACCCUAGGGAUUAUCGUAAAUAUUACACCAAUAAACACCUUUUUCCGCUUUGUGCUA